ACUAAUUGUCUAGGGCCAUAGGGAAAGCAUAUGAAAGUGAUCCUUCUUGGAAUUACAGCUGGAGGCUGCUUGACAUAUGCCGGCCUCACAGCAUACGGGAGACGCUGGGUUAAGCUGUAAGAACAGCGCUCCACGCCACCAGGCAGUAAAUGGAUUUCAGUUCCGCUUUAAUUUCUAAUGAACGGCCAUGACUACGCCACACCCAGCAGCAGGAGGAGACGAUCCUGCCGCAUUGACAGCCUUUUUUAAUGGCUGCCUUCCCGCUUAUCACACCUCAGCCUGAUUAAAUUGUUAUAUAAAGAGAAAUGUUUUUGCAAUAAAUAUCUGUCGGGAAUUUCAAUCGGGUUCCAAGGCCAAAACGACAAACAAAAAAAGAAUUGCCUGUCAUCAAGAAACUUGUAGCGUAGAAGACAGAGAGACAAUCACAAAUUGUUAGCUGGAAUUGAGUCUACAUUGGCAAACUUCAGAUCCAGACACAGGACUCAGCGAUACAUUCCUGGACAGCAAGGUACUAAAAUGGCAACCACAAUCUGUUUCAUCAUCUGGGUGUUAUUCAUAACAGAUACUGUAUGGACUCGAAGUGUGAGACAGGUUUAUGAGGCAAAUGAUCCAGAGGACUGGAUGAUGCAUGACUUCCAUUGUCCCAGGGAAUGUUUCUGUCCCCCCAGUUUCCCUACCGCUUUGUACUGUGAAAACCGGGCUCUCAAAGCAAUCCCUGCUAUACCAUCAAGGAUCUGGUAUCUUUAUCUUGAAAACAACCUGAUAGAAACCAUUCCUGAGAAGCCAUUCGAGAAUGCCACCCAGCUGAGAUGGAUAAAUCUAAACAAGAACAAAAUAACCAACUAUGGAAUUGAAAAAGGAGCCCUGAGCCAACUGAAGAAGCUGCUUUUCUUAUUUCUGGAAGAUAAUGAGCUAGAGGAGGUACCUUCUCCAUUGCCAAGAAGUUUAGAACAAUUACAAUUAGCUAGAAACAAGGUGUCCAGAAUUCCUCAAGGGACCUUUAGCAAUCUGGAGAACCUGACCCUUCUUGACCUGCAGCACAAUAAACUAUUAGACAAUGCCUUUCAAAGAGACACCUUUAAAGGACUCAAGAACCUCAUGCAGCUAAAUAUGGCUAAGAACUCCCUGAGGAAUAUGCCACCAAGAUUACCAGCCAACACUAUGCAGCUGUUUUUAGACAACAAUUCCAUUGAAGGAAUACCAGAAAAUUAUUUUAAUGUGAUUCCUAAAGUGGCCUUCCUGAGACUCAACCACAACAAAUUAUCAGAUGCUGGCCUCCCUUCUAGUGGUUUUAAUGUAUCAUCAAUUCUAGAUCUUCAACUGUCUCACAAUCAACUCACAAAGGUCCCCAAAAUCAGUGCUCAUCUGCAGCACCUUCACCUCGAUCAUAACAAAAUUAAAAAUGUGAAUGUCUCUGUAAUAUGUCCUACCACUCCUAUCACAUUGCCUGCGGAACACGAUUCCUUCAGUUAUGGACCUCAUCUUCGCUACCUCCGUCUGGAUGGAAAUGAAAUCAAACCACCAAUCCCAAUGGAUUUAAUGACCUGCUUCAGGCUCCUUCAGGCUGUCAUUAUUUAAACAUGUCUUCAACAAUCUAAAAUUCAUUUAAUGAGUUCAUAUUUCUGACCUGAAAUUUGGUUGCCAUUCAUAGGUUUAAGAUAAAAAUCACUUUUCUAAUUGCUUAUGGCCACCAUUUUUAUUUGUAUAGCUUACUUUUUUUCUAUUCAAAGUUGCUUUUCCCCAUGAUAUGUAGCACAGACUGCUUUUCUUUAAUUAGUAAAACAGACACAGAGUUAAGAUAGUUUAUCAGCUCAAAGAUAGUUCCUUUUUGUCUCUCUCACAGCUUAUUAAUACCAAAUAAUACAAAUACAUUGUGAUUCAAUAGGAAGGAUAUAUUUGUUUGCAAAUGUUCAAAAUUGCUUAUGCAGAUAUUAUAUUCACAGUAUAAACACAACAUCUAACAGGAGGUAGGAAUUUCUAGAGAAAAUGAAAAAAUGAGAUAUUUCUUUAUCAUAAUUAUAAAGAAAUAAUUAAAUUCAGAUUGUUAAGUAACAUUUGUAAGUAUAAGUCUGGUACUUAGCUCAAGAAUGGGUAUGAGGGCUUCCCUGGUGGCGCAGUGGUUGAGAGGCCACAACAGUGAGAGGCCCGCGUACUGCAAAAAAAAAAAAAAAAAAAGAAUGGGUAUGAAAUGCAUCGGAUACUUUGUAACAAGAAAAUUCUAGUCAUUUAAUGUCAAAUAACAGAGCAAUAGUCAUUUUUAGUUCAUUAUACCUAUUUCUUAAAUCUGCUGUUCUUAGAUAUAGUACAGUGUACUCUAGUAAUUAAAGUUCUACAUUUAUUGUAACACAUUUCUGACAGAAUCUUAGUGUUUUAACACUUGAAAUCCACUUGAAUUGCAAAUUGUUCAGUCUUAUAUUUGCCAGUGCUUUUUGGAUUUCUGAAAUAAAAAGAGUGAAUGCUUUCCA